AUGGGGCGACCCCGGCAGCAGAGGAUGCGGUCCGACGUGCAGGCCGCCGAGGAGGAGCCAGGUGCUCCGGCCGCGGAUGCCGGGGCCGCGGCGGCGGCCGCCAAAGAGGAGCGAAAGAAGGACAAGGCGGCGAUCACCCAGGGCCUGGCGCUCGGGCGGGUCAUCUGGAGGGAGCACGACCUGUGCGGCGAUCUGUGGUUCUUCAUCAAGAACAACGACGCCAUCCUCGGAAUGCUGUUCUGCCACGAGAUGCACCCGUACACGCGGCCCAAGCGCAUCAUUGUGAAGAUAUGCGGGAUGGCUGCGAAUUUCGGCAUGGCAUGUCUAUUCCUCGAUCUAAAUACGUGCAAGAAAGUGGAAGGCGAGAUCACGGUGCUCGACACGGUUGAAUGCGAACAGCAUCAGAGCGAUGCAGUCCAGUUUGCCAGCAUCAGUUGCGCAGUACUCGUGUCCGCGUUGCUUUUCCUCAUGUACUGGCUAUACACGUGCCGAUGUGCCAGAAAGGGGGGCCCGCUACAUUAUGGAAAGAAGACUGAGAGUUUCUGGGUGUGCUGCACAAAGCCGAUCACUGGUUCAUUGAACUUGGUCUGUCUCAUCAUUCUAAUCGCGGGGCUGAUUGCGCACGGGGAGAGCAGCGUGAGCUUCGCAGACUCGUACGUUCCCCAGGUGUGGGUGACGUCCGAAAUUUAUUCAAUCGUUAUGGGCUUUUGCCUCCAGGUCGCCAUAUUUUUCAGCCUGUACUGCGGCUGCGAGUGCUGCCCCGGCCUGACGUGCCUGUUCCAGGAGUGCUGGGGCUCUGGCCAGGCAGGCGGCGCCAGGCCCUCGUUCGCCUACCCUUACGGGGACGAGUACCCCAAGGACAUGGAGGCGUUCUGGCGGGGCGACAGGUCCUGCGGCACGUACGGCUACCAGAGCGACGCGCCCCCCGCCGCAGCGCCGUCCUCCGCAUGA